ACAUUAGCUAAUACGCAUAUAAAAAGGCCUUUUGCCAUUUUAGAUCUGACUUUUCCAUUUAAAACACUUUAUGAACUAUAAUCUAACUUUGUUUAAAGCAGUCACACGAAUAUUGUGGUGAAUCCGUGCUACAGAGGCAUGGACCGGGUUAGUAAACAGUGAGGAGGUGACGGUCGUGUUUUGGGUCGAAGUGGGAGGAGGAGCCAUGUAUUCACAACAUUAGAUCUACAAACGCUCUGCACACACUACGCUUCACGUACACAGCGUUUGUAGAUCAGCGGCGCGCUUGUUUCCCUCACCCUGACGUCCUCCCAAAAACAUUUGCACGUCGCUCGCCCUCCCCGCGCCCGUGUCCUCUGCAUGGACUUCAUGUUUGUGUCUCGCCAUGGCCCCAGUCGUCUGGUAGCUCCUCGUCGUUCCCAUGGCCGGAGCUGGCUACAAGUGUCCCGUCUCCCUGGCCGUGUUCAAGCGCUCUCUGUCGGUGGCUCCGCGGGGCUGCGGAGGGUCGGCUCCCCGGGGGCUGCUGCCGGGCUGGAGGCUCGGGGAGCGGGGCCUGCAGGAGGCCGCCCGCCCCUCCAGCGCCGUGAGAGCCGCCAGCUUGUACCGACACAGCACUUUCUCCUGUCUGUCCUGCCAGGAGUCCAUGAGCGACAGCCUGCGGACCUGCUACCUGUACCUGAACCAGACCAGCCGGAGCUUCGCGGCCGUGAUCCAGGCGCUGGACGGGGAGCUGAGACAUGCAGUGUGUAUUUUCUACUUGGUGCUGCGAGCGCUGGACACAGUGGAGGAUGACAUGACCAUCCCCCUGGACAAGAAAGUCCCCAUGCUGAAUAAUUUCCACACCUUCCUGUACCAGGACGAGUGGUGCUUCACCGAGAGCCAGGAGAAAGAUCGGCAGGUCCUGGAGGAUUUCCCCACGAUAUCACUGGAAUUCAGAAACCUUGCUCAGGAAUACAGAGACGUCAUCUCAGAUAUCUGCCAACGUAUGGGAGUGGGAAUGGCCGAAUUCCUGGAGAAGAAAGUGGGAUCCAUGAAGGAGUGGGACCUGUAUUGCCACUAUGUGGCCGGGCUGGUGGGCAUUGGCCUGUCUCAGCUCUUCUCUGCGUCCCAGCUGGAGGACCCUGAUGUGGGGCGGGACACCGAGAUGGCCAACUCCAUGGGCCUGUUCCUCCAGAAGACCAACAUCAUCCGGGACUAUCUGGAGGACACGCAAGUGGCACGAGCCUUCUGGCCACAAGAGGCUUGGAGUCAGUUUGCGGGUCGUCUUGAGGACCUGGCCCAGCCGGUCAAGCUGGAGUCGGCUCUGUCGUGUCUCAACCUGCUGGUCACCGAUGCCCUGCGACACGUCCCAGAUGUUAUCGCCUACCUGUCGCGGCUGCGCAACCAGAGCGUCUUCAAUUUCUGUGCUAUUCCACAGGUGAUGGCGAUAGCUACAUUAUCAAAAUGCUACAACAACCCCAUGGUGUUCCAGGGAGUGGUAAAGAUCAGGAAGGGACAGGCGGUCACCCUCAUGAUGGAGGCCACCAACAUGAGAGCUGUGCACACCAUCAUCAGCCAGCACAGCCAGGAGAUUUUACAGAAGGUCUCCCUCACCGACCCGUCACGGGACAGAACCCUGCACAUCCUGGCUCUGAUCCGAGAGAAGUCCGCGCUGUCGCAGUCCACCCUCCCCUCCAGGACCCACCACCUGUCGCCUAUGUACCUGUCCGCCGCCAUGCUGCUGGCCGCCCUCAGCUGGCAGUACCUCAGCACCACCGCGGCACAGGCCCAGGGCACCGGCAACAUACAGGGACAGUGAAACCCCUUCACCCUCACCUUCCCUGGGGGGGCUACAGACUCAGAAACCCCCUCUGCCCACUCUAGAGGUCUGGCUCUCUCUCACUCGAGGACUCUGACGCACCUUUUCCCUCACCUUCAACUCGUUGAUAUGGCCGUCACAGAACCAUGGACACACGUAGACUGCAGGGGGCGCUCUUGUAGCAGGCUGGUCUCAAUAGGUUUGACUGUGAUUUGUCGUUGUCCUCCUGCAUCUGGAUUCAUUGUCACACAAUGUUGUGUGGUUAUAUUCACCAGCAUAAAUAGCACAUUGAAACAA